CGUCCUCGUUGUAUGCCCAUUCUCUAUUUUCUUGGUUUUUGGAUACCCUGCUCACUUUUGGACUUAUGUUGCUUUUGAACUACAACCUUUGUUUGGACUUCAGAACCCAUGUAAGGCAGUUUAGUUUUUAAAUAAAUCACUAGAACCGCACCCUGCUUGUCAGUGACUGCAUAUGGGUUCAACGACGUAGUUUCCCUGACUCUUAACUCAGCAUUCCUGACAGAAAAUAAGGGGAAAAAACAACAACAACCAUUUAUUUAGCCAUUUUGCAGCCUGUUAAAAAGGAGACAUUUUUUGUAAUAUAAUGCUGCGGUCUCGGCAAUAGAAUGUGUGCACUCAUAGUAUUUAUUAAAGUAUCAAAAGUUGGAUUAAAAUAUGAGAACAAAAUUUUGAAACUCUAAAAAUCAAGGUUUGAAAGGGCUAAUUUUUAUUACAUUACAUUUGCACUCGUUUUGCCCACACAGACUCAUGUGAUUUCAGGCAGCGUUGUCACGCAGCUCUGGUCCAAAACUCUGAAACUCGCACUGCAAAAAUAAAGCCCUGAAACAGAGGGCCUAAAAAAAGAAGAAGAGAAACAAAAGUCGGAUCCAUGGAAGCAGUGGCAUUCUGCUCUUGGCCAGUUUUUUGCUCUCUGCUGAAGUACAGCCCAAUCACAUGUCGUGUUUACUGCAUAGGUGGGAUUGACAGACUGCUCCACCAAUGACGGACGUGCACAGGCAACGCGAACAGGAUGCACGCCUCCCUGGGCUGUCUGGCUGUCUCUGUCCAAGCAGUGCAUGGAUGUGAAAAGAAAUCUACAGCAGUCAGUAGCUCAGGGUCUGUUUGUUCCUCAGGGCAAUGUCAACUGCGGUGUUGUGUCGGGAGAUGCAGUGACUUAAGCAGCGAGUCGCCCCCUGCUGGCCGUCCGAUAGAAUGCAGGUUUAAGGGACUUCGCGUUCGCAUGAGUUUGCUGACCGGAAGCAUCCCGCUUGUAAGGCGCCGUUCUUCUAGCAGGAUCAGAAGGACAACGCUGUCAACACACUACACUUGUCAAACACUGCAGAUAUUUUCCUUUCUUCAUCUUUCCACAAGAAAGUCUACAGAGUUGCUUUCAAAUAUCAUAAAGGUCCAUCGUCCCAACUCUGGAGGUGUUGCUGCUGCAGUAAAGCCAGGGGCCAAGGAGAGCAGUGCUAUAGUAAAGCAGACUCGAACAAAUCCUAAAGGUGACAUGAUAGUGAUCAGAGGUGCUGCCCAAAACACUGCAACAGGAGCCACUGCUGGAGCUCCUGGAGUUGAUGUCGAUGUGGAGAUCGUUCGGGGAACCAUCGAGACCCAGCAGGUGGAUGCUCUGGUAUCGCCCAUGGUUGGCCAUAAUCCUCUCUCUACCCGUGUUGGAAACACCUUGUUCAAAAUAGUUGGACCCCAGCUGACAGCAAUGUUUAGAAAGGAAGCAGAAGAAGAAAUGAUGCCUGGUGACACAGUCCUGGUAGAGGGUUUGCCUGGACUUCCAUCUAAUGCAGUGUUCUUCCCCAGCCUUGUUCCCUGGGAUGAUGACGACGAUGGGGCUGCAGUCCAGGUUCUGAGACUGUGCAUCAACAAAAUCCUAACUUCUUGUGAGAACAGAGGGUUUGGAUCUGUUGCGUUCCCCGUACUUGGGGCUGGGAUUGCUCUGCGUUUUCCUGACAACGUGGUAGCCAGGGUUCUACUGGAGGAGGUCCAUGAGUUUGAACAGAACCGAGCCGGCAGAACACCAUUCAUGGUCCGCAUCGCCAUCCACCCCAAUGAUGAAGAGUCUUUUGAAGUCUUCAAGUCUGUCCGGGAAACUUUACAACCCGACCAUGAGUCAAAGAGGAUCAUCGUGCUGGGAAAAUCUGGAUGUGGGAAAAGCAGCCUAGCUAACACCAUAUUUGGAGAGAAAUUAUUCACCACAAACAAUUCACCCAACUCUGGAACAAGAACAUGUCAAGCAGAAACCAAAUCUGUCAAUGGAAGAAGCAUCACUGUGAUCGACACUCCUGGUUUCCUUGAUGCAGAAAGGUCUGAGGACGACAUGAAGCCUGAGAUAGUGAGGUGUAUCACAGAGUGCGCUCCUGGGCCUCAUGCUUUUCUCAUUGUGCUGAAAGUGGAGAAAUUCACAGAGCAGGAGCAGGCUGUCAUCAACAAAAUAUGUCAAUAUUUCUCUGAAGAGGCUCUAAAAUAUGCUGCCAUUGUCUUCACUCAUGGUGACCAGCUCCCUAAAGGGAUGAAAAUUGAAGAGUUUGUCAAUCAGAAUAAGAAUCUGAGUGAUCUGGUGAAGAGGUGUGGAGGCCGGUGCCACGUCAUUGAUAAUAAAUACUGGAAGAAAACUGAAGAGGAAAACUACAGGAGCAAUAAGUUCCAGGUGGCUGAGAUGCUCAACACAAUAGACAAGAUGACGAAGGUAAACAAAGGAAGCUGCUACACCAAUGAGAUGCUACAAGUAGUGAAAGGAGAAAGACAGAGAGUAGAACAGUGCAUUAGACUGUCAUCAGGAAACAUGUCACAGCAAGAAAUUAGAAAUAAGGCUAUAAUUAAUGUAUAUGAAAGGUUAUUGAUCAGAUCAGCAGGUAUUGCAACAGGUGCAUUGCUGGGAGCUUUGCUUGGUGUGGCAGAGAUGGUUGCAUCAACUGUUGGCAACUUUCAAAACCCUUCAGAUGUUUCAGCACUAGUAACAACAGAAAGAGGAAGAGCAACAGUUGCAUCGGCCGCUCAACAUGGCGCAGUAAAGGGCGUUCUAACAGGAUAUAAUGCAGCUGAAGGAGCAGAAACUCCAGGUGAAGCCAUUCAGAAGGCAGCGGAGGCUGUCUGGAACCAGUGUAGGUCAGGUCAAAAAUAAAAAUAGAAUAAAUGAUUGUCAACACUGCCUAAUUAAAACGUAUAAAUCAUGUGGAUUAGAGAACAAUAGCCUACUUGAUUCAAUGAAGCUUGAGUUACUUCCUAAUAAUUUUGAGUAUCAGUAUGAUUAAUGUUUUACCACAGUAUGCACAAAAUUAUUGAUGAGGACAUAUAUUUUUAAUAUAGAAUAUUUUUUAUAGAAGAUGAAAAUUUUAUUCUACAGAGAGGUUGAAUACAUUUGUUAUUAAUUGGAUAUUGUCAUGUAAAGGAAAUUAUUAGUAUUGUGAAACUAUUAUUUGACACUUUGCCUGACUUUGGGAUGCUGAAUAAUGUUUUUAUUGUAUUAGUUUACUCUUUAUUGAAGAGUUUUGACAUUGGUAUCAACAAGUAAACAGCUGUGUGCUUAUUCAUGCUUUCCAGUCUCUGUUUUGUUGUGCCAUUUCAGUUAUAUGACUGAAUAUGACUGUUCACAUAAAAAUAAAUAAAUUCUGUGCAUUC